UCUAAAUCCACAUAUGCCUAUGGCACAGUUCCCUCUACAGUCUCCUGCAGUCAUUGCACAAUAUCCUCCAUACCCAAACUCUGAGAUGGGGAAGGGUCCCGUGAAUCCACACAAGCGUACAGCACAGCCUUCUCGACAGCCUCCUUUAGGUCAUCACCCAGCAGACAGCAACCACAUCCUGACUGACCAUGUUCCAGCUAAAAGGGCAAGACUAGCAGGAAACUGUGACCUGAAUAGUGUACUGAUGAGCCAUACAGCCAAAAUGAAGAAGAGAUUUGAGAGUAUAUCUGAAGGCAUCAUAAGGCCAGGAGCCCAAACACUCCUGAACAAGAUCUACACAGAGCUCUACAUCACUGAGGGAGAAAGUGAAGACGUGAAUAACGAACAUGAAGUUUGGCAGGUAGAAGCUGCAUCCCGACCACAAACUACAGACGACACAUCCAUCAACUGCAAUGACAUCUUCAAGCCCUUACCUGGACAGGAGGGACACAUAAGAACUGUCAUGACAAAGGGGAUAGCUGGCAUCGGAAAAACAGUCUCAGUACAGAAGUUCAUCCUUGACUGGGCAGAAGACAAUGCUAAUCAGGAUGUGGAUUUCAUGUUUGUGCUUCCAUUCCGAGAGCUGAAUUUAGUCAAAGAUGCCCAAUACAGUCUUCACAGGCUCCUGCUUGACUUUCACCCUGAGCUUAGUGUAUUGGACAAUAGUGAGUACAAAGAUUGCAACAUCAUAUUCAUCUUUGAUGGUCUGGAUGAGAGUCGACUUCAACUGUAUUUUCAAAAGAACGAGAAGGUUUCAGAUGCAACACAGUUGUCACCCAUGAAUGUGCUUCUGACGAGUCUCAUUCAAGGAGCCUUGCUUCCCUCUGCUCGAAUCUGGAUAACCUCCAGACCAGCCGCAGCCAAUCAGAUCCCAUCCCAGUUUGUCAAUCUGGUGACAGAAGUACGAGGGUUCAGUGAUCCACAGAAGGAAGAGUACUUCAGGAAGAGAAUCAAUGAUCACAGUCUAGCCGACAGACUCAUCACACACAUUAAAGCAUCUAGAAGCCUCUUCAUUAUGUGCCACAUGCCAGUCUUCUGUUGGAUCGCUGCCACUGUCCUUCAGCAGAUACUGGAAGAAGAAGAUGGGAGGGAAGCCCCUAAAACUCUGACAGAGAUGUUCAUACACUUCCUGCUAAUCCAGACCACCAGGAAGCACCAGAAGUAUCAAGAGGAAUCUGAAGCAGAUAGGCAGAGGCUUCUAGAAUCCCACAAGAGCGUCAUUCUGAAACUGGCGGAACUGGCAUUCACACACCUGGAGAAUGGCAAUCUCAUGUUCUAUGAAGAAGACCUGAGACAGUGUGGCAUUGAUGUCAGUGAAGCAUCAGUGUACUCUGGCAUGUGCACUGAGAUCUUCAGGGAAGAAUGUGUAUUCGAACGCCAAAAGGUCUACUGCUUUGUCCAUUUGAGCAUCCAAGAGUUUCUCGCUGCUCUGCAUGUGUUUGCGUCUUAUCUUAAUAAGAAUGUGGAGGUCUUGGGACAGUUUGUAAAAAGCAAUGCCAGCAUAACAACAUUGUCUCUUGAUGAGUUGUUGAAGAGUGCAGUGAACAAAGCUUUGGAAAGCAAGAAUGGACACCUUGAUUUGUUUGUUCGUUUCCUUCAUGGCAUUUCCCUGACGUCAAAUCAUGGCCUCAUGCUUGGCCUCCUGACACAUACCCACAGCAGCCCAGAGAGUGUGUCGAAAACAAUCAAGAACCUGAAGGUGAUGCAGAGACCAAACAUCUCCCCCGAGAGGUGCAUCAAUCUGUUCCACUGUCUGGUUGAAAUGCACAACACAUCUGUCCAUGAUGAAAUACAGGCUUAUCUCAAAGCAGAGAAGGGAUCAGUCAAACAGCUUUCACUGGCUCACUGCUCUGCCCUGGCACAUGUGCUUCUGAUGUCUGACGAAGUGAUAGAUGAGUUUCAUCUGAAGAAAUACAAAACCUCUCCAGAGGGUCGCAGGAGAUUGGUUCCAGUCCUACGAUGCUGUAGAAAGGCUCUGUUAGAUGACUGUAAACUGACAGAGGCAUCCUGUGAGACUGUGGCCUCAGCUCUACAGUCUCCAAACUCUCCCCUAAGAGAGUUGGAUCUGAGUCGCAGUGACCUCCAGAAGUCAGGGGGAAAGCUGCUGUCUGCUCUUCAGAGCCCACACUGCAAACUGGAGACGCUGAGACUAUCUGGUUGUCAGCUCACUGAUCAAUCAUGUGAGAUUGUGGCCAAUGCUCUGCAAUCACCAAACACCCUGCUGGAGAUGGAUCUGAGUAACAAUGCCUUGGGAGAUUCAGGAGUGGAAUUCGUCUGUAAGGGACUGUCUAGUCCUCACUGUAAGCUGCAGACAUUAAGACUAUCUGGUUGUCAGCUCACUGAUAAAUCCUGUGAGUUUGUGGUCCAUGCUCUGCAAUCAGCAACCCCUCUGCUGGAGAUGGACAUGAGUAACAAUGCCUUGGGAGAUUCAGGAGUUGAAUUCAUCUGUAAGGAGCUGUCUAGUCCUCACUGUAAGCUGCAGACAUUAAGACUAUCUGGUUGUCAGCUCACUGAUCAAUCAUGUGAGGUUGUGGCCAAUGCUCUGCAAUCAGCAAACACCCUGCUGGAGAUGGACCUGAGUAACAAUGCCUUGGGAGAUUCAGGAGUUGAAUUCAUCUGUAAGGGACUGUCUAGUCCUCACUGUAAGCUGCAGACAUUAAGGCUCAACCGGUGUGACCUCUCCAAAGCUAGCUGUGACAUGAUGGCAUCAGUGCUGCAGUGGUCAUCUUCCCCUCUGCGAGAACUGGACAUGAGUGACAACAACCUGCAGGACGAAGGAGUAGAGCUGCUCUGUGUGGGACUGAAACAUCCACAAUGCAAACUGGAGACACUCAGAUUGUCUGGUUGCCAGAUCUCACCGAAGGGUUGUUCUUUCCUGGCGUCUGCCCUCAAAUCAAACCCCUCCUACCUAAAGGAGCUUGAUCUCACCUACAACCACCCAGGAGAGGCAGGUGUCAGGGAACUCUCAGACGGACUGAAUGAACCCAGCUGUAAACUAGAGACUCUCAGGUUUGAUCAUGGAGGAGAAUGUAGAAUGAAACCAGGACACAGAAAAUAUGCCUGUGAGCUGACACUGGACCCCAACACAGCAAACAUAGACCUCUCUCUCUCUGAGGGGAACAGGAAGGUGACAUGUGGGGGGCUACAGCAGCAGUAUCCUGACCACCCAGACAGAUUUGACUACUGGAGUCAGGUGCUGUGUAGAGAGGGUCUGUCUGGACGCUGCUACUGGGAGGCUGAGUGGAGUGGUGAUAGGCCUGAGAUAGCAGUGGCAUAUAAAAGUAUCCAGAGGAAAGGAGGGGGGAAUGACAGCAGGUUUGGAUGGAAUGACAAGUCCUGGAGUCUGGACUGCAGUAGUAAUAGUUACACUGCCCGUCACAAUAGUAAGAUGACUGACAUACCCGCCCCCUCCCCCCGCUCCAGCAGAGUAGGAGUGUACCUGGACUGGCCAGCAGGCACUCUGUCCUUCUACAGCGUCUCCUCUGACACACUCACCCACCUGCACACGUUCCACUCCACCUUCACUAAGCCCCUCUAUCCUGGGUUUUGUGUUUAUUCUGGCUCCUCAGUGUCCCUGUGCCAGAUCACAUGAGCU